GAUUGAAGUACAAUCACUGUCGCUCGGUGUGGAAUACGCUCGACACAGCUUGUACCUGUGACAACGGUAGUCAAGGCACAGCAGCACUGACUGAGCGACAACCCAUAGAAUGCGGGCUCCGUCACUCGCUACCUAAAAGCUCACCAAUCCAUCAAAGACUUGCAUGGUUUCCUUAUAGCAAAGCAAAUGCCUCAAUUGAGAGCUGCCAUCAAGGCCCAUAAUCGUCAACGUCGUCAUCAUUAUCAGCAGCAGCAUCAGCAUCGUAAGCGAAACGGAAGAAGAGUAUCAGGGGGGGCCAAAGGAGGACAUGGAAGAAGCAGCGAACCAUGAUUUAAUCCAGCAACACCGUACCAUUCACUUGGGCAUGGAGCAGUUCGAAAAGGACCUGAAGAAUUGCAGGAGCAAAGAGAAAGCGUUUAGUCUGCUGGUGCUGGAGCGUUUGGAUCAGGAGGUGGAGGAGUUGGGGCGGAGAGGAGAAGAUGAAAACAUGCUAGCAUCGAGCAUGGACAUGUAUGUGAACAGGCAACUCCUAUAG